GCCGGAGGGGUAGCUGGCAGCCUUCGAGCGGGGCUACCCUUGUCCCCGGCACGGCCACCCCCAGCACGGGGCGCCAGGGCCGGGGCGGGCUCCGAAGGAGGCGGGAGCAGAGACGAGACCUGCCCUGAGCGAGAGAACUUCUUAAAGUCCCGCCGCCUCCCGGUGCCCAGAGGAGGCGCGGGGAAGCAGCAGCAUGGCCCGGCUCGGUAGCGUGUGCUGCUGCUGGGGUCUCGUCCUCCUGUGGGCGGCUGUGGGGGGCCGAGCAGAAAUCCGCUAUGCAACUGUGUACUGGAAUAAAGCUGAAAAAACAAUUCAGGUCAAGAAUGUACUGGACAGGAGUGGAGAUGCCUAUGGUUUCUACAAUGACACUGUACAGACAACAGGCUGGGGAGUUCUGGAGAUCAGAGCAGGCUAUGGCAGUCCAACUUUAAGCAAUGAAGAUAUCAUGUAUGCAGCUGGCUUCUUGGAAGGCUAUCUCACAGCUCCGCACAUGUAUGACCACGCUGCAAACAUGUACCCACAGUUAAUCAAGAAUCCCACUGUUCGAAGAGGAGUUCAGAAUUUCAUGGCGAAACAAGAUCAAUGGACAAGACAACAAAUCAGAAAUAAUAAGGAUGACCCAUUUUGGAGGCAUGCUGGCUAUAUUAUUGAACAGUUGGAUGGUCUGUACAUGGGAGCCCUCGAGUGGGCUAAACUGCACAAACAAACACCACUGAGCAUGUUUGAUGUGCAAUUUCUGAAUGCAGUUGGAGACCUGUUGGACCUCAUUCCUGCAUUAUUUGAGUAUUCCAUGAGGAGUGGACAAUGCAAUGUGGAGCCGGGAGGCCAUGGGAGGUAUCAGUGGGAUAUGGGUCACUGCUCUGCACUCAUCAAGGUUCUGCCUGGCUAUGAGAAUAUCUAUUUUGCCCAUUCCAGCUGGUUUACAUAUGCAGCCACACUGAGAAUAUACAAACACUGGAACUUCAACAUAGCUGAUGCCUACACCAGCGCCAGCCGUGUCUCUUUCAGCAGUUACCCAGGCUUCUUGGUGUCCCUGGAUGACUUCUACAUACUAGGCAGUGGCUUGGUAAUGUUGCAGACCACAAACAGUGUGUUCAAUGAAACCCUCCUUAAGCAAGUGGUGCCUGAAUCUCUCUUCGCCUGGCAGAGGGUCCGCAUCGCUAACAUGAUGGCAGAUGGUGGCAAAAGCUGGGCAGAGAUCUUCUCAAAGUGCAACUCUGGGACCUACAACAAUCAGUACAUGGUGCUGGACCUGAAGAAGGUCAAGCUGCAGAGGAGCCUUGAUGAUGGUGCAUUGUACAUCAUUGAGCAGAUCCCAACCCUUGUGGAGUACUCUGACCAAACAAGUGUUCUCCGGAAAGGUUAUUGGCCUUCCUACAAUAUCCCUUUCCACAAAAAGAUCUACGAUCUCAGUGGGUAUGCAGCAUACGUUGUGAAGUACGGCAUGGACUUCUCCUAUGAGCUUGCUCCCAGAGCGAAAAUCUUCCGUCGAGACCAAGGCAAAGUGACCAGCUUGGCAGACAUGAAGUACAUCAUGAGAUACAACAACUACCAGCAUGACCCUUAUGCUGAACGCAAUCCUUGCAACACAAUCUGCUGCCGGGAAGACCUGAAUCCAUCUUUUCCAGUGCCUGCAGGCUGCUAUGACUCCAAGGUCUCGGAUUACCGCCUGGCCUCAGCCUUCACAGCCACUGCCAUCAACGGCCCUCCCGUGCAGGGCGGGCUCCCUGUCUUCAGCUGGAGGCACUUCAACAACACACGGCACCAGGGCCUGCCAGAGUCCUACAACUUCAAUUUUGUCACCAUGAGGCCAAUCCUCUGAAGCCAGCAGCAAUAUUCCCAAGUGGAUUUUUUUUAAUGGAAUUUUUCAUCCCUGUGUAUAAUAAAUGGACCUGGGUGGCCACGUCCCAGUGCCUUACCUGCUUUCCCCUGUCCUGCCUCCUAGGCACUUUGUACUCACACCUGUGUCCCAGGUGCAGCCCAGUGCAUGUUCUGCUCCUCUGAGCUGUUCGGAGUGUCCCUUCCUCUGGCUGGGAUUGAUGGGAGGCAGGUGUGGCACUGCUUCCCGGUGAGCUGAGCCAGCAGCACAGCCGCUCCAAGAGCAGGAGUGAACUGCAAUGCUAACAGCCAGAGCAGUCCAGCUCUGGUAGCAGCAUGGAACCUACCUCCAGGGCUAGGCCAAGCCAGGUGGCUGUUUGGGGCUGUGGUGGCAUCGUCUGGCUUGAGAUGUGCAGUGCCUUGCUUCUCAUCCAGAAUGGUGCUAGUGGGAGGCAGUGCAGGCCAUGUCCUCCCUGGCAGCUCAGUGCCUGCUGUCUGCAAGGCCUGGCUUUCACUGCCCUUGGCAAGCUUUCCUCUGUCUCACCACAGCAGCACGCAAGGGGUAGGCUGUGAAAGGAUGUGCCUGGUGAUUCCUGAGGGCAGCUCCAAGCUUUCAGAAACAUCCCCCCACAACAUUCCCAGGGAGAAGCAAGGAAAGAACCCUGUGGGUGAGUCCAUGAAACAGAGCUCUCCCACAUUAGCCCUUGCAGUUGUUCAGUGACCUCUUUGGCUGCUCCCUCAGAUCAGAACACGAGAAGGAGAUGGCUGUGAGCAGUGGGGCAGUAUUACUCCUGGUUAGCAGUGUUUACAGCAGGGAGUCCAGUCACUGGGCUGUUUUGGGCUGGAUGUUACACCUGUAAUUAAGCUAAAUGAAAUAAAGAGAGCUUCAUGGCUUUUGUGGCCCA